UCCUGCUGAUGCAGUUGAAUAGUCCCCGACUUUAAUCCUGUCAUCGCUUGUCCUUGUCCAAACAGUCGCGGCUGUAGAUUCGGUGGAGAUAAGGUUCGUGGACGCUCCUCCUAAUAUGAUGCUGCUAUUCCUCUUGGAGUUUGUGGUCACGCGCCGCAGUCCGGUGUGCCGGGGAAAGUGCUUUUAUCAGCUCUUGUGAACCUCUUAGAAACUGACUUUCUUUAACUCUCGGUUGUGUCUUUGAUUGUCGUUUAUUUCUGCCUAUCCCGACUCUUUUUUUGUAGGCUAUUGGAAAACAGCUGAACUGAGCAUACCCGUUGAGGAGUCAAGGACCUUUGUAAAACCGUGGUCUGUCAGUGGUCAUUUUGGAAGGCUUCACAUUGGGUCGUGAGCGAUGAAACUUAAAAUAGUUUUGGAUCUUUUGUAUUUCCUCAUAAUUUUACUCCCCAAUACAACGUUUUGUCAAACAGUGCUGCCCCCAGAAUGUGCUCCGGGGGGUCACUCUCUGCUCCAGAACCCAUACCGCAGCACCAGUUUCAGCUCCCGCAGCCUGCAGCAGUCAGCCCUCCAGGACUUCAUCUGUGACCAUUCCCUCAUACCAGGCUGGUACCAGUUCCAGAUCUUUGACAAGCCCGCCAGCAUGCCCACACAAUGUGUGGAGGUGAACCACUGUGGGACCCAGGCCCCAGUCUGGCUGUCUCUGGGGGAGGGCGAGAGUCUUCCGCGGCCCCUGGAGGUGACACAGCUGACGGCCUGUGCCACCUGGCAGUUCUUCCUCAGCAGCAGUAAGGACUGCUGCCUGUUCCGCAUCCCUGUCACCGUGCGCAACUGUGGAGACUUCUACGUCUACCUGCUCCAGCCCACCCAGGGUUGCAUGGGCUACUGCGCACAGGAGGUGUCAGACUCUGCGGCGGGGGGGUGUCGUCCUGACGAGGUGGAGGUUGAUGGAGCGUGUAAAGCCAAACAGCCUCCUUCCCCAGCGGUACCUGUGAUAUUAGCAGAGCUCUCUGGGAGCAUCGUCUACCUGAAGUGCAGCUUCGAGGGCCAUAGCCUGAACAGCUCCCUAGGCUAUGUGGUUGCCUGGUCUCGCCUCUCCCCCCAAGGCAUCAAAGAGGAACUGAAACAGGAGACUACUGUCCAAACCGUUGCCUUCAUCGAGCUGGAUGGGAUCAACCUCCGACUGGGGGACAAGAUUUACUGCAGUUGCUCCAGUUUUUUCCUGGACUCGCCGGACAUCCAGGGAGCCCCAGCGGAGAGCGGAGAGUUCUUCGCCGGGAUCAGGUUGAGACCCGAGGUGACUACUGUGUCUGAGGAUGGGAAGGACUACGAGUUGACUGUGGAGAGUACCAUCCCUGUCCCCUGUCCUGACGGUGCCUCCUCCUCCACCACAGAGGCGUGUACUCUCUCCUUACACCUGAGUACAAACAAUCAAGGAGACGAUCUGCUGGGUCCAGACGUGGUGUUGUCGUCGUGCCGGGUGGAUCUCUCCCAGAGCCUGGGGUGUCGUAACGGGGUGUGUAGUCAGGCCCUGGUUCACCUCAGCGCAGUCACAGACUUCAUCAGGGACGGGGACAGGACGACACAGAUCUCUGUCAACCCCAUCGUCACAUCCAACUUCCUCUGGAGCGGCUACACACCACAGAGUGUCCAGAUCACAGUGACGGAUGUUCCCUCUGCAUACUGCUACUCUUUCACUGAUCCUCACAUCAUCACGUUUGAUGGCAGGCAGUAUGACAACUACCAGAUCGGGACGUUCGUGUUGUACAAGAGCACGAGGCAGCCGUUCGAGGUCCAUGUGCGCCAAUGGGAGUGUGGGAGCGUUGUCCACCACGCCUCGUGCACGUGCGGUUUCGUGGCAAGAGACGGCGGUGACGUCAUAGCCUUCGACAUGUGCAAUGGAGAGCUGGGGGACACCAGGCCGCACCUUUCGGUGAAGAACAGGGACGUGGGCAAGAGCGGCAUCCGCAUCACUGAGUCUUACCAAGGACGCAAAGUCACAAUUACCUUCUCGUCUGGGGCAUUUGUGCGUGCCGAUGUGUCUGACUGGGGCAUGAGUCUGACCCUGAGGGCCCCCAGCUCAGACUGGAGCCAAACCCAGGGCCUGUGUGGGACGUAUGACGGACAGACCCACAAUGACCUCCACACAGCAGGGGGCGCAGCGCUGGACAACGAAGAUGUAGCAGCCUUCAUCUCUGAAUGGAAACUCCCUCCUGGUAGCAGCUUGUUUGACACGGUGACGUCCUAUCAGAGUGCUCCAAACCCUCACAGGUACUGUAACUGUGAAGAAGAGUCCCGCCCCACGUCCCCGCGAACCAGGUCUCGGGCAAUCCCUGGCUUCGACUCCUCCUGUUCUCACCACGGCAACGUGAGACUCCACAGUAUCAUCCCCACUCUGGAUGUCACCGCCGAAUACAACUCAGUAGAGCUGUUCAAAGGCCACCACGAUCACCCCUCAUGGAACUCCAACCAACACGGCCGGGCCGAGGACACCGGCCCCCAGCCUGUAGAGAGAGGCUCUACCCUAACAGGCUCCAGCCAUGGAGCCAACAACCAGAGGAGCCGUGGAAGGCGCCAGUCCUACCAGUUCCUCCCCAACACGCCGUACCAGGGCCUGAGCCAGUCCGACCUGGAGGACUUCACCUACUUCUUCCCUGAGGACCACGAGCUGACUGCCCGGCCCGAGUCCUCCCCUCCCCCCGACACGCCCUACCAGAGCCUGAGCCAGUCCGACCUGGAGGCCUUCACCUACUUCUUCCCUGAGGACCACGAGCUGACUGCCCGGCCCGAGUCCUCCCCUGCCCCCACCUGGCCCACCCCGUCUGGGCUAACACAGCAGCAGGCCAGGGUGCAGUGCCAGCGGGCGGUGGCUAAUUCCAGCAUGGCCCUGGGCUGCAGCCGGCUGUUAGGCCCGGUCAUAGUGAGCCAGGCGGUGGCUAUGUGUGUCAGCGACCUCCAGCUAAAGGACGACCAGGCCUGGUUGGGUGCUACUCUGCCUCUGCUUGAGAACGAGUGUGAGAGGAGGCUAGUGGAGGAGAGCAGGAGAGAGGGAGAGCACCAGGAGAUGCUGUCCUUCCUCAAGUGUCCUAAUCUAUGUAAUGGGAAUGGCCAGUGCUCCGAGUGGGGGUGUGUGUGCUUCCCCGGGUUCGGCUCCUACGACUGCAGCGUUAUCUCUGACCAGACUCCAGAGAUCACAGAGCUGGAGAAUGAGGGACUGUGUGAUGUCAGACAGAGUGACUGCUCCACUGUACAGGUCUUUGGACAAGGCUUCAAAGACUCCUAUGAACUCAAGUGUGAAUUUUUGAAGGAAAAGUUUGUGGAUGGUGAGUGGACCCUGGACGAACCUCAGUUUUCCCUGGCUACCUUCCUGCAUGUGUCAGGUUUGGAGUGUCAGCUCCCCCUGGAGUACAGACAACCCAGUGCAGGCCUGGACCUGGAUACGCCCACCGACAGACCCCUGGCACGCUGGCAGAUCAAAGUGUCCAACGACGGCUACGGUUACAGCAACGCCAAGAUCCUGACCCUGUUCGAUGGAGCCUGUCAGAUCUGCACGCUCAACGCUGACGUUCUCUGUACAUCCAGGGAGAAAACAUGCAACAUUGACAGUGUGUGUUAUGGAGAGGGAGACCUCAAUCCCAGCAGCCCUUGCCUGAUAUGCCGACCAGACUCCUCCAAAUACACAUGGUCCAUCGCUGAGAAGAAUGAGCCACCAGUGUUUCAGUCAGCCCAGGGGCGUCUGCAGACAUUCCAGGGGGAAAACUUUGUGUACCAGCUGCAGGCUCAGGAUCCAGAAGGCUCCGUGGUGCUGUUCACUCUGGAGUCAGGCCCCAGUGACACCUCCCUCUCCCCCACUGGCCUGCUCACCUGGAAGGCUACUGACACUACUGCCUCCUCCUCCACACAGACCUUUCAGUUCACUAUCACAGACGAUUGUAGUGCUGAGACGCUUGCCUCUGUACAGGUCUCUCUGCGGCCCUGUGACUGUCUGAACGGAGCUUCCUGUGUUACAAACAUUAACCUCCCCCCUGGCAGCGGGGAGUACCUGUGUGUCUGUCCCGCUGGCUUCACAGGGGACAGGUGUGAGGAGGACAUAGACGACUGUAAACCCAACCCCUGCCGUCUGGUCAAGUGUAUAGACGGACCCAACUCUUUCUCCUGCAUCUGUCCCCCCGGAAUGACCGGUCAUACCUGUAGAGAGGAUGUGGAUGAAUGUGCCGCAGAGCCGUGCUUCCCUGGGGUGGGCUGCAACAACACACUGGGCUCAUUCACCUGUGGCUCCUGUCCAGAGGGUUACACCGGGGACGGGAAGAGUUGCAUUAAAUUGGAGCCGUCCAGUGGUAAGGGUGAUGACUAUAAGCCUAUUCAUAGAGUGACCGUGCCUGUACCCGCUCUACCCACAGGAGGUCACCAGGGUUCUGACACGGUUAAACCAUCAAGCCAGGCCCCCUGCUCCAGACAACCAUGCUACCCAGGGGUGCAGUGCUUCGAGAGCACACACAUAUCCGUAGGGUACAUCUGUGGACCCUGUCCACCUGGGCUCCAUGGAAAUGGACACACCUGUAGUAGAAGCACCACAACAGGACAGAGGCCAGUUACCACCAACAGAGAAGAUGGACGUUCCCAAGUGACAGAAGACUCCAGUAGGGAAAUUACUGGCACCACCUCCUCCUCUUCUUCCUCCACCACCUCCUCCCAGUACAGGAGGAUAACUGAGGGGCCCUCAUCGGGUAGCAAGAGAGUCCCCUCCGUGGAGAGAAAGACACCUAUUAGCCCCCAGGACCAAACUAUCACCAGAGUCUCCACCCCCACCAAUCACAACCGAGGUCAGAGCAGCAAGGUGGACCUGACCCCUGACCUUAGGUGGGGGUCAUUGUCUACCAUAGUGACCUGUGCGGACUCGCCCUGCUUCUCCGGUGUUCCCUGUGAGCCCACAGUCUCAGGCUCCUUCAAGUGUGGCCGCUGCCCAUAUGGUUACACUGGAGAUGGGUUCACCUGCAAAGCUGUGUGCCGGUAUCCAUGUGGAAGGAAUAUGGAGUGCUCUCUACCCAACACCUGCACUUGUAAAGAAGGUUAUACCGGAUAUAACUGCCACAUAGCUGUCUGCCGACCGGACUGCAGGAACCAGGGGAAGUGUGUCAGCCCAGAUGAGUGUGUCUGUCCCGUGGGCUACAGCGGACCAACAUGUGAAGAAGCUAACUGUGAGCCAUCUUGCCAGCAUGGAGGAACCUGUCUGGUCAGGAAUCUCUGCACCUGUCCCUACGGUUACGUGGGACCAAGAUGUGAAAUCAUGGUGUGCAACAGGCACUGUGAAAACGGAGGGGAGUGUAUUUCUCCCGAUGUGUGUAAGUGCAAGUCUGGCUGGUACGGACCAACCUGUAACUCAGCUGUCUGCAAUCCAGUGUGUUUGAACGGUGGGACUUGUAUCAAACCCAACAUCUGCGCCUGUCCCGGUGGCUUCUAUGGCUCCCGAUGUCAGAUUGCUGUCUGCAGCCCCCCCUGUAAGAACGGAGGUCAGUGUAUGAGGAACAACGUCUGCUCCUGCCCCGGGGGUUACACAGGGAAGCGGUGUCAGAAGAGUGUGUGCGACCCCAUGUGCAUGAACAAGGGGAAGUGUGUGGGGCCCAACUCCUGCUCCUGUGCCUCUGGGUGGAGGGGGAAGAGGUGUAACAUUCCCAUGUGCCUGCAGAAGUGUAAGAACGGUGGUGAGUGUGUAGGACCCAACACCUGCCACUGUCCCACAGGAUGGGAAGGCCUACAGUGUCAGUCCGCCAUCUGUAAGCAGAGAUGCCUCAACGGGGGAAGGUGUGUCCUGCCCAACUUCUGCCACUGCCGCAACGGGUACACUGGCGUCACCUGUGGGUUAAAGGCCCCGCUUGCAUAAGGGAAAUUACUGAAGAUGCAGAAGUUUUACAAAAUACACAGCGCAAAUGGAGUCUUAUUAGGCAGUGUGUGUGUGUGUGUGUGUGUGUGUGUGUGUGUGUGUGUGUGUGUGUGUGUGUGUGUGUGUGUGUGUGUGUGUGUGUGUGUGUGUGUGUGUGUGUGUGUGUGUGUGUGUGUGUGUGUGUGUGUGUGUGUGUGUGUGUGUGUGUGUGUGUGUGUGUGUGUGUGUGUGUCUUUGUACAUGAACAGGGGGACUGGAUAUAUUGCACGUAUCUAAUUGUCCCUGUUUUGUUACUACCUCAAUGCUCAAGGUAGCACAUUGAUGUAUGCCCUUGCAUAAGAAAUGCAUAACAUAUUCAUAAACAAUGCAUAAUACUGUCUAAAACACUGCAUAUUCAUUCAGAAAUGUUUAUGCCAAUCGUGUUGAUGUCUCAAAAGCUACGUUUACACAGGCAGCCCAAGUCUGAUCUUUUUCCACCAAUCAGAUCUGCUCUUUUGACAGUAAUUGGGCAAAAGAUCAGAAAUGUUCUGCCUGUAAAACGCAGCCAAACUAUGUAAUCUAACAUAGACAUUCAUUCAUGUAUUUUAAUGCAUACAAAUGUGUUUUAUAAUCCUUAUCCUAGGCUUUUAUACAAAAGCGUUACUGCACACAGUAUUAUGUUGGAGUAAGAGAAGAGGAUCAGAUGAAAAACUAGUUGAUGGUUUAUUGAAAAACAAUCUGGCUUUAUAUGAUAUUAAUACCCACUUUUCUAUUUGUUUUGUUCCCUGUUAUUGAUUUGACCUAAGUUUUUUCGACUCUGGUCUAUUGUGGUACCGAAAGUGUUUUUAUUUCCUAAACUAUUGUGCACUGUUGUUUCAUACUUAAUAUGUAUGGAGAAAUAAUAAUAUUCUUAUUUUUACGUCACACCUGCCUUGGAAAUAUUAUUAGCUUGUUUGAUUUUUAGGGCCACUUGCCUGCAAUUGUUUUGUGACUGUUGACGAGAUCUGAUGUAAGUAUCAAUUCAGAUAUACUUGAUCACUUUUGUACAUUAUACUGUACAUAGGUCAAAACAUUUGUUAUUUUAACAUUUACACCGCGUUGUUGUAAAUCACGCAUAUGGAAACAAAAUAAAAAGUUAUUGUGUAA